CUUUUACAGCUUUCAUAGAAAUUAUUAAAUUCAGUUGAAAUGUUUCGAAGCAAAUAUAUUUUACUAUAUAUAUUCUUACACAUUUAUUGUGAAGAGAACAUGGCGGAUAUAACAUCAUCUGGAUAUUCUUACACAAGCAACCCACUUACUCUAACUACUGGAAUGAGUUUUACAAGUAAGAAUACCAGUUGGGAAAAAUUAGAAGGCUUAUCUAACGCUACUACUAUCUCAAAGACAACUAGAGAAGUUGAAACAACGCCAGGAACAACUUUGGAAGUCAAGACAACAUCUACUCCUGUAAUAUUCCGCGACGCAGAAUGCUCUGGGCUUUGUAAUAAUUUAUCUGCUUCUUGUUAUGUUUGUAAUACCACAAAUGAUUGUACAUAUGGAAAGUACAAGAAUUUUUCAUGCAAUGUAAUUGAUACCUCACCAUGUACUGGAAGCCGAACUGUAAUGCGAGAAUUUGUUUGCAAAUACUGUUAUUUAACAAUACCAGGCGAAGAAUAUACAUGUGAACAGACUAACACUUCUUGCAACGUCGCAGCGACCCCAAGGCAAAGGGUGAAAAUGAAUUGCACCGUACAUAAAAAUGUUUUUUGUCUUGGGAAACGGAAAUUUUCAAAAAUGACUUAUUGCAAUUGGACUUCUGGUUAUAAAUGGUCGACUGCGUUAAUAUUAAGCAUUACUCUCGGUGGAUUUGGUGCUGAUAGAUUUUAUUUGGGGUAUUGGAAAGAAGGAAUUGGCAAAUUGUUCAGCUUUGGUGGAGUGGGAGUAUGGACAUUAAUUGAUAUUGUACUAAUCGCUACUUCUUAUCUUGGUCCUUUCGAUGGUUCUGUUUACAUUUAUUAACAUGUUUUGUUAUUUUGUUCAAAUUUGUUCUAUGCAUUACAUUUUCACAACAGUAUAUGCAUGGUAACAUUGCAAUAUAUUUAACUUCUCUUGAGUUAUAGUUGAGCCUGAUGUAGGUCUUAUUUCAACCUAUCGUAUGGCGAACCAUUCAUUCAAAACAACGUUUAUCCCAACCUUACAUUUGGAAUAUUAAUUAACAUUUUAUUAU